AUGCGUCCAACUCUUCACGAAAGCCCUGAGACAACAACUUCCGACAGUUCAGUCUCACCACCAAAGUACUGUGUCCGACCAAGUGUCGUCAGUUUUAUCGACACUAUGGAAGUCAGUGAAGGGUCGGAUUCCUCCGACGAACAUACCAUCUCGGAGGUCACUCCACAUAUGACAUUGGACUCUAUCUUAAAAGAAGAGCCAACAACACACCGAGAGAACAAUCGAAUCAUCAAAGCCACUGAAAACGCACUUUUGAACGAAAUAUGUACUUCGACGACCGAAUUUAUGCAAACGUUCAUGUGGACACAUACGAUGUUUAUGUCAAGUCCUGACAUGGUGCUGGGACUAACAACGCGAUUUACAAAAGCGUGUGAAGAGUCGACGAAGAAGUCACUCGAAGUCCAAGUAAGAAUAAUGAAUGCAUUAAGGUAUGUGUUGUUGGAGUGUUGGAGCGCGAUAUCAAAUAAAAAUGAGGUGCGUGACAUCAUUCUUUCCUUUUGCGAGACUUUAUCAAUCAGUGGGAAAGUGAAACAAGCGGAGUUACUCAAGACCAAUUUGAACAAGAGACUUGAGGGCAAAGAAAUUUUAUAUGUCGAAAGCGUCAAAGAACUCCGCCCACCUAUCCCCCCAUUCUCUGAAGUACUCAACGUCCAAAAGGAAAUCAACAUCUUUGAUAUCAGCCCACUUGAGUUUGCAAGACAAAUGACAUUGAUGAUCCAUUCCGCCUUUUGUAAAAUCAAGUUGUACGAGUUCUUCAAGUGGACGAAUGAAAAAGUCGGGUGUAAGUCUCUCAAUACGUUGGUGAUGUUCUAUAACAACUUCCAGAAGUAUUUCCAAGUACUCAUUUUAACAGCUCAAUCAAAGCAAGCGCGCAACGAUGUCGUCAAGUAUUUGGUGAACGUCGCUCACUUUUGUCUUGACAUGCGAAAUUACGACGUGAUGGUUUGUAUCAUGCAGAUAUUCACAACGGCAUGUAUGUUUCGACUCAAAAAUAUGUUCGAGGCAAUGAGCACAGAAACUAAGACGCGGUACGAUGAAAUGGUGAAGAUCUCUUCCCCAACAAACAACUGGGCGAAUCUCCGGAUUUUGAUAUCAAAGGAUGUGGACAACCCACGGGUGCCUUAUUUGGGGAUAACUUUGAAGGACAUGACAUUCAUUGCUGAAGGACAUACAACACGUACAGAUGACGGGCUUGUCAACUUCGAGAAGUGUCGAAUGAUGUGUAAAAUCGUACGAAUGUUUGAUGAGACCAAUAUCAAAGGAUUCAAUUUCAAAGUCGAAAACAACAUUCGGUGGUUCAUCGAACACUUGAAGGACGAUAUGGACGAAAGUACAAUGCUUGAACUCUCAAGUGAAAUUGAGAACUCGAGUCUGAUUUCAGUGAAGUUUGAACACAAUGGAGAAAUCGAGAGUGUUGAAUGUGACAAGCGGAGUAUUAUCGAAGACGUAUUUGGCACUGGAAUAGGAAUAUUAAUGAACAAAGGGUUACUUGAAAAUCGCGUUCUUGACAUGAAAAGCCCCGUCACGGAAUUAAAGGUGGAGUUUGGCGACAGUUUUCUGGCGAUGUACAAAGGCUUGAAUAAAGUGCCAUUUGUGUUUCGGUACGACACUCAAAAUGUUUUGUUGUCGUUGGCCGUCGAUGUGACGUGGGGGUUUUACGAAACGAUUCCAAUCAUUCAAUCAUAUAUGAUGGAACCAAUCGGGUUCUUACCUUUAGUAAUUGACGAGAACUACCGAGUGACUGGGAUUCUCAAUAUAGAAGAACGAAUUGAUGAAACCCUGGACGGUGGAUUAGGGUUUUACUUGUUGCCAUUGGAUUACUUCAAUGCCCGAAGAAGUAAACUUGAAGAUGACUUACAUCGGUAUCAGUACGCGCCUAUAUUUUGUCAGUACGACUUUAAAAAUCAGAAUGAGAGUAUCGUGGUGUUACUCAUCGACCAUUUCAUAGCGAUGUAUAAAGACGGGUUUUGCUUCAGACUCUUUCCUAUUGACUUUGUGAGGUUCAAUAUAGUCUCGAAGACAAAGGCGUUUUACUUUGAAAAGAUACCUGGGAUGAAAUAUAAGUCGCCUUACUCGAUUGAUACUCCAUUGGAGUUAAGUGGUGAAACGGAAGAGUUAAUCACAUUGGCGCAAAAGUUGCAGAAACAGUCUGGGAUGCACGAGAGAACAUUGAUUGGUAUACACCCUUCACUCACACAUUUAGAGCGUGGGAUACCUCUUUUGGUCAUUGAUUUAAUAAAGAGUAUAUAUACCGAUGAGAACUUUGUAACAGAAGGUAGUCUCUUUAAUGUUCCUAUUGAGAACGACUUGAAGAUAGUGGAUAUGUUUAACACUAAUACUAUCAUAGGGAGCUUCAAAGAGAAAGUCGGGAUCCUCAAACUCUUUUUGGAAUGCAGUUGUACUCCAUUUUUCUUACACUUGGACAACAUCGACUUUUCAACCUUUUCGAGUUUGACGCCUGACCUCAAAAUGAAAAAGAUGAGGGAUUGGACGGUUAAGGUCCACCCCUCGAUGACGGGGAUCUUUGUAGUGUUAAUGAAAGUGUUUGCGACAUACAAUGCGUUGUAUCCACAAACGGACUUUAAAGAGUGGGCCUUCUGUAUAUCAAGUGAUGUCAAAGCGAGUGAGAUCUUAAACUUCAUAGUCAAGAACAGCGACCUUUUGAAUGAUGUGAAAGUGACGAGUCAAUACAGUCUACCUAUUGUCUGUUAUGACAAAAAGACGUAUGUGUUCACACAAGACGAUUUCACAUUUUUUAACGAUGAAGUCCAUUACGCAUUAAACACUCCCACCUCCAUCUUAAACUACUUCACGAAGAAGAACGUCCAAAUCAAUACUAUCUGUGGAGAGACUAAUUCUUUGGUCGGGAAAACUGAAGAGAAGAAAAUGCUGAUUGGGAGUAAACACGUCGAGGACGAGAGUACGAUCCGCCAGACAAUGACCCCGCAACCGUCGUGUAAACCACUCACUUUUGGCGUUUUAACAGAAGACUCCAAAAAACUCAUUUUAGGAACUUCAGAGGAAAGAUACGGAAAUUUGUCCCCCCGUCUUAAACCACCAAGAAAAAGCGACCCAAAUAAACACACAAAAAGUCCUAUUUCUUUUCAUUUCAUUCCAUUUUCCCCAAUUUUUGGAAGAUUGAGUGGGAAGGGAAAAGAAAAUGGAAGGAAGAGUGGGAGCACCCCCAGAGAAUCGGGAUUUCACGAGGAACAAAAGAUUAUCCCACUCGAAUCGUUGAAGGAAUGUUCAGGGGAAAAUCCUGAUAUUUUGGAGGAAACUCGUGGAUUACCAGGUCUUGGAAAAAUUGAGGCAAAAGAUUCACCCGCACUCAGAAGAAAAAAUGAGGAAAAGGAGAAAAAACGAAGGAAUGUCGGGUUUGCAAAUUUCACAUAUCAAGACGUCAUUUUACAGGGAAACAAAUAG